UUUUUUUGUCCCUAUUCAUUUUUACCGCCGUUUCGUUUUUAGCUAGUCUCCCACGCACUCUCUCUCUCUCUCUCUCAGACGCUGAAAACCUCCUCACUGUCUCAUCUCUUCCACUACCCACAAACCCACAACCACAGCCGCCACCACCACCACCUCCCAAGCCCCAACCACAGCCACCACCACCACCUCCCAAGCCCCAACCACAGCCACCACGACCACCCAAAAAUCGAGCCUAGUUAGGUCCAAAAACAAAUGGGUCAGGUCUAGCCCGACCCAUUUGUCUUAUCGUUUCUAACCCUAACGGUUCAUGCCCCUAAUCUAGAACCUUCCCUCGUUUUGCUUCUCAUCUGAGCUCUCUUGACAGAAACCCAUGGCUUGAGCGACCUGAUCUCAUCACCUCAAACUGGCACUGCCACCAUAGGAGGCGGCUUGCUCCUCAGCAAAAAGCCUUACCAAGAUUCCCAUUUCUUUUUUCUGUUUAUUGUUAUCAAAACCCUAAUUUCUUGUUUGGUACACCGCAGGACCGAAGGCACCGAUUGACGCUUCGCGAGACAUUCAUCGCUCUGUCUAUCUCUCACUUGCGGCUAGGGAUUUAGAGGAAAUUCAAGAGCUGUUGAGUGAGGUCGAUGGCACUGUAAAGCCUUCACUUUCUCAGAGAUUGCAAAGCCAGUGUCUCUGCAAACAGCAAGUUCUAAAUACCCAUCAACGAUUCCAGUGUCUCUGCUAAAAAGGUAUUUCUUGCAAAUCACUUUAUAGCAAUGGAUAAGAGUUGGAUGAAAAUUACCAAUAGAAGGUCACAAGAAUAUUUAGAUGGAGUUCAACAGUUUCUGAAUUUCGCAUCUAACCAUGCAUACCCGGAUGGAACAAUUUCAUGUCCAUGUAAAAAAUGCGUGCAUACGAAUUCAUGGCCUAUAGAUGUUGUACAGGCUCACUUAGUGUCAAAAGGGAUUUGUAGGGGUUAUAACCCUUGGGUUUUUAAUGGGGAAAUAUCAUCUGCGAAGACUUCUACUGAAAUUCCUAGUAGUCAUGUCCAAGAAAACCCAAUAGAGUAUGCCGAUCUUCGUGACAUGUUGCAUGACAUGUUCCCCAUACAAGAUAUGACAUCUGCGCCAAUGGAAGAAGUCCCUAGUGUGCAACAACCCACAGAAGGUCCUGCAGAAGGUCCUAAUGAAGAUGCACUUAAGUUUAUGAAAUUGCUUGAAGAUGCUAAUCAACCUUGUUAUGAAGGUUGUAAGUAUUUUAGCAAAUUGUCAGCCAUUGUGCAUUUGUACCACAUGAAGUGUCUUAAUGGUUGGACUAACAAAUCAUUUACCAUGUUGCUGGAAUUUUUGCUUGAUUUUCUCCCUUCAAAUUCUAAGUUGCCAAAAGAUUAUUAUGAGGCUAAGAAGAUUAUUAAAGAUCUGGGCUUGAGUUAUGAGAAGAUUCAUGCUUGUCCUAAAGAUUGUGUUUUAUAUUGGAAGGAGAAUGCCAACCUUGAAGCUUGUCCAAAUUGUAACCUUUCAAGAUGGGAAAGUAAUGAGUCUAAAGGUCAACAAAGUACUAAUGCUUCCUCCAAGAAAAGAAAAAAGAAAGCUGCAAAGAUUCUACGAUGGUUCCCUUUAAAGCCAAGAUUGCAACGGCUAUUUAUGUCUCCUGAAACAGCCAAUCAUAUGAAGUGGCAUGCCAAUGGUCGUGUGAAUGACGGGUUAAUGAGACAUCCUGCUGAUUCUGAAGCUUGGAAGUCAUUUGACCGUAAGUAUGUAGAGUUCUCAUCCGAACCUCGUAAUGUGAGGCUUGGAUUAGCAGCUGAUGGAUUCAACCCGUAUGGAAAUAUGAGUACUACUCAUAGUACAUGGCCUGUCAUUUUGAUCCCAUACAAUCUCCCUCCAUGGAUGUGUAUGAAAAGAUCUUAUUUCAUGCUAUCAUUAUUGAUUCCCGGUCCAACCUCACCCGGGAACGAUAUUGAUGUUUUCUUACAACCCCUAGUAGAAGAAUUGAAGGAGUUAUGGGAUGUUGGAGUAGAAACGUUUGAUGUGUCUUCCAAAAAAUCAUUCCAAAUGCAUGCUGCAUUAUUGUGGACCAUAAAUGAUUUUCCUGCAUAUGGUGAUAUCUCGGGUUGGAGUACCAAAGGAUCUCUUGCAUGUCCCUCUUGUAACUAUGAUAAACAAUCUCGUUGGUUAAGAUAUGGAAGAAAAUUUAGUUACAUUGGACAUAGGCGAUUUUUGGAUAGUGAUCAUAGAUUCCGUAAGCAAAAAAAAUCAUUUGAUGGGAAUAUUGAUAACAGAUCAGCUCCGAUUACAAUAUCCGGAGGGGAAAUCAUGUUACAAACGGAUGCUGUAGCCGAUCAUGUGUUUGGGAAGAAAAAAGUUAAUUUGACCAAUAAAAGAAAAAGAGGGGAAGAAGCCUUAACUGUGUGGAAGAAGAGAAGUAUAUUUUUCACCUUGCCUUAUUGGGAGUACCAUGUGUUGCGUCACAAUCUUGAUGUGAUGCAUAUUGAGAAGAAUGUAGUUGAUAAUAUAAUUGGUACAUUGUUGAACUUGGAUGGCAAGACAAAGGAUAACUUGAAGGCACGCCAAGAUUUAAAAGAUAUGGGUAUAAGAAGUGAACUUCACUUGAAAAAGGUUGGGAAUGAUCAGACAUGUAUGCCACAUGCUUGCUACCAUAUGAAUGCUAGUGAAAAGGAUGGUUUUCUGCAAGUUUUGAAAGAUGUAAAAGUGCCAGAUGGAUAUUCUUCAAACAUCUCACGUUGCGUUAAACUCAAAGAACGCAAGAUUAGUGGGAUGAAGAGCCAUGAUAAUCACAUCUUAAUGCAGCAGCUUUUUCCAAUUGCAAUACGUGGAUCUUUGCCCCCUGAAGUGAGUAGGCAUUUAAUUGACUUAUCUUGUUUCUUUAGGGAGAUAUGUUCCAAAGUACUAAAUGUGGAGGAACUUGGGGCUCUUGAGAAGAGAAUUGCAGUGACAUUGUGUGAGUUGGAAAAGAUAUUCCCUCCCUCUUUCUUUACCGUGAUGGUACAUGUAGUCAUGCAUUUGGCUAGCGAAGCCAAAAUUGCCGGUCCAGUUCAUUAUCGUUGGAUGUAUCCCAUAGAGAGGUACUUGUCAAGGCUUAAGUCUUAUGUGCAUAAUAAAACUUAUCCAGAAGGCUCCAUUGCGGAAGGGUAUAUAGCAGAGGAAUGCUUAACAUUCUGUUCACGCUAUUUUAAAUCUGUUGAAACUGUAUUUAAUCGGCCUGUAAGGAAUGUUGAGGAAUCCAUGGGUGCAAUGGUGAGCAUUACACUAGAUUCAAAUUCAUGGAUCCAAGCACAUCGUUAUGUGCUAUUCAAUUGUGAAGAAAUCACCCCAUUUCGCGAUGAACAUAUAGCGGAGAUUAAGGCUGGUUUCCCUUCUCAUGUGACUAAUGAUGUUAUUCAAAAGCAGCACAUAGAGAAAUUCUGCAACUGGUUUAGGGAAUAUGUGAUGUCAAUGGAUGCCUCUAAGAAAAAGGAAAUCUCUGAUAAAGUUAGAUGGCUUGCUCGAUAUCCAGAUAAUGAAGCAAAAAGGUUCAAGCGUUAUGUUAUAAAUGGUUUGAAGUUUCGCACCAAAGAUUUUGAGGCAACUAGGAAAACUCAAAAUAGUGGAGUUUGUGUUGUUACUGAAGGUGGUGCUACUUAUUAUGGUGUACUAAUCGAUAUUAUUGAAUUGAACUACUCUGACAAGUAUCGAUAUGUAUUAUUCAAAUGUCAAUGGGCUGAUGUUAUUAGUGGGAGAGGAUGCAAAAAAGAUGAGUUUGGAUUUCCCCUUGUCAAUUUUUCAAGAUUGAUACACACAGGUGAUCGAUUGAUUGAUGAACCUUAUGUAUUAGCAUCCCAAGUUUCGCAAGUGUUUUAUGUGGAGGAUGUGAGACAUAAAGAUUGGGUAGUAGUGGUCAGAACCAAACCUAGGGAGGUGUUUGAUGUUGGUAUUCAAGCUUUAGAUGAUGAUGAUGAUGAAGUGGAUACAUAUAUGGAGAAUGUCCCUUAUAAUGUAACUACUGAUGAUGCAUGUGAUGAUGUAAAUGACAACCAUGCUUGGGCUCGAGUUGAUGAAGAAGGAACCAUUUAUGAUACACCGUUGAUUAGUGAGGAUGAAUUUCUUGAACAAGACUUUAUCGAUGAUGAAGAGCUUAGUGAUGAUGUUUAUGAGUCUAAUAACGAUGAGUCCAAUGAUGAUGGAUCCAAUGAUGAUGAGUCUAGUGAUGAUGACUAGUUGAAAUGGCAAGGAGAAAGGCAAAUCUGCGCACACGUCCCAAGAGUGUUACAUUACAAAGCGGCGGGUCACAAGAUGCGGAUGAAGUGGGGGACCAAGACAUGCAUGACGCUUCUACACAAGUU